AUGGCUUCUAAAGCUAUUAAUUCCUGCCUCAAUUCUUGUGUUGAGGAUCGUCACUCUUUUAGCCUUAGUUGCUUCAGUUGUCGUGCUGGUUACCGACCACUUCACGCUUCAAGAUGGCACCCAACAGCAUUUUCAGGAUAUCCAUACAUACAGCAGCAAUUGGAGCAGCUUACACGUUAA